AUGUCCAACAUUGUGAAUAUUGAAUAUAACCGUGUUACAAACACAACUUCCACUGAUUUCCCAGGUUUCUCUCAGGAUGGUGACAAUGCUUGGGAUGUUCAAAAAUUCAAGGACACUUUUGAUAUCCGCAUCUCUAGCAUAGAUGAAAGAGAUGCCAACUUCGAUUUGGUUCAUGUAGACACAUCCAUUGCCAAUGCUUUCCGUCGUAUUAUGAUCUCCGAAGUGCCAUCUGUUGCUGCCGAGUAUGUUUACUUUAUGAACAAUACAUCUGUCAUACAAGAUGAAGUUCUUGCUCACAGAAUUGGUCUGGUCCCAUUGAGAGUCGAUCCUGAUAUGUUGACUUGGGUCGAUAAAUCUUUAUCCGAUGAGGAAAAAUUUACUGAUGAAAAUACUAUUGUUUUAAGUUUAAAUGUUAAAUGUACAAGAAAUCCAGACGCUCCAAAGGAUUGUACUGAUCCAAAGAUUUUAUACAAGAAUGCUCACGUUUACGCUCGUGAUCUAAAAUUUGAACCACAGGGUAAACAAAAAGAAACAUUUGCCAGUCGUCCAGUGCUUGCAUGUGAUCCAGACAUUCUUUUGGCUAAAUUAAGACCCGGUCAAGAGAUCUCUCUAAGAGCACAUUGUAUCCUAGGUAUUGGUGGUGAUCACGCAAAAUUUUCCCCAGUAUCUACUGCCUCUUAUAGAUUAUUACCACAAAUUAACAUUACUGAACCAAUUACUGGAGACUCUGCUCGUAGAUUUCAAGAAUGUUUCCCAAAGGGUGUUAUUGGUAUUAACAGCAAAGGAGAAGCCUUUGUUGAAGAUGCUAGAAAGGAUACCGUUUCUAGAGAAGUUUUAAGACAUGAAGAAUUUGAAGGGAAAGUUAAACUAGGUAGAGUAAGAGAUCACUUCAUCUUUAAUGUUGAAAGUACAGGUGCGAUGACACCUGAAGAAAUUUUCUUUAAGUCUGUAAGAAUCUUAAAGAACAAAGCAGAAUAUUUAAAGAAUUGUCCAAUCAGUCAGUGA